AAAAAACAAAAAAGGCAGAUCGAUAUUGGCGCCCCUUUUUUCUUCUUCUCCUCUCUUUUUCUCCUUCUGCCCUUCUCUCUGGCUUCCUUCUGAAAAAGUUAUCUAACAGUGAAAGAAAUUGAAAAGGAUAGCUUUUCUGCUUUCUUUCUUUCGAAUACUUUCCGGUUUUGAAUUGCUUUGUAAUCGUUAAUUUAUUUUAAUUUUUGGCAAUUUAGCGCCAUGUCACUGCGGAGGCGUACCUUGCUCAAGGUGAUCGUUCUCGGGGACAGCGGGGUUGGCAAGACUUCUUUGAUGAAUCAAUAUGUGCAUAAGAAGUUCAGUCAGCAGUAUAAAGCUACAAUUGGUGCUGACUUUGUGACCAAAGAACUUCAAAUUGAUGACAGGCUCGUCACCCUGCAAAUAUGGGACACAGCUGGGCAAGAAAGAUUUCAGAGUCUUGGAGCUGCAUUCUAUAGAGGGGCAGAUUGCUGCGUUCUGGUUUAUGAUGUUAAUGUGAUGAGAUCGUUUGACACUCUUGACAAUUGGCAUGAGGAGUUUCUUAAACAGGCAAACCCACCUGAUCCCGGGAUGUUUCCAUUUAUAUUGCUUGGAAACAAGAUUGACAUUGAUGGUGGAAAUAGUCGAGUGGUUUCUGAGAAGAAAGCAAAGGAGUGGUGUGCUUCUAAAGGAAACAUUCCUUACUUUGAGACAUCAGCAAAAGAGGAUUACAAUGUUGAUCCUGCAUUCCUGUGUAUUGCGAGAACUGCUCUAGCCAAUGAGCAUGAACAAGACAUAUACUUCCAAGGCAUCCCUGAGGCUGUUUCCGAAAGCGAGCAAAGGGGUGGUUGUGCAUGUUGAACUGGAACCGAUUGAUUUGGCAGACUGAGACUUCCCUCUUUUUUUUUUUUUUUUUUUUUCACUUGGGGUGGCCUAAUUCAUUCCCUCCCCUUUUUUGGUGGUCCCUUAUGAAUCAAUUUUUUCGUUUUAUAAUUAUUCAAUGUAUACUAAGUUCUUCAGAUUGAGAUGUAAUUUUUGUUAAAGAUGAAUUGUAGAAUCGCAUGGAUUGUUAGGUUGGUUUAAGAAUUGGUUGCUUUGGAAUCUAAUUCUUGGAAGUAUUAAACUUGAAAAUUGAUCUUUAAAUUUCUAUUGGAAUUUCGUUCUUUCUUA